CUGGGCUCUCGCGCCGGGAAAGGACGGAUCCGGCGCCUCGGGAGAGCCCCUGCCUCACUGCUCGUAUAUGGCAAAGUUUCUCGCCAAGCUCCUGGGCUGCACGUUGCCGAGCAAGGGCGCCUCUCCCAUGUGUGAGUCCAAAAGUCACUCCCGAGUUGGCCUGAAAUCAAGCACCAAGCAAAAGACCACCAUUCUCAGCACAUUGGCUAGUGAGAAGUCCUUAUCUGACUGCAAAAAGGAACAGCAAUGGAAAUCUUCAAUGUACAGCAGCAUUACUCCAAUCUGCUUUACAAGCCCUCCAAUUGAGAAGCCAAUUGGCAAACUGGAGAAACUGAAGCAAUGAAGAGAAGAACAUUAUGCAAGGUCACAGAGGGGAGCCUGAAAUUUUGAGAAAAUGAUCUUCAUUUACUCUGUCAUUUCCAGGCAGCUGGUUGAAAGCUAAUCUUAUUUUUAGAUAAG